UCUGAUCAUGUGACUGCAGAUUGACACACACACACAAGCUGAAAAUCUCUGCCCGGUGUUUGAACAGCAGGGAUGAGUUCCUGUCCUCCUCCACUGCUGCUGCUCUGCAGUCUGCUCGGCCUUGUUUCAGGGCUGCGGCCGAAAACCUCCUCUUUUUCCCAGGUGCCUUUCCUGAGCGUGUGGAACGCCCCCACUCACAACUGCCUCUCCAAGUAUGGCGUGGAUCUCAACCUGGGGACCUUUGACAUCGCCCAGAACCUGAACCAAACCUUCAUGGGGGACAACAUCACCAUCUUCUAUUCGGAGAAGCUGGGUCUGUAUCCCUGGUACUCCGGCCAAGGGAAGGCUGUGAAUGGCGGGGUCCCACAGAACGCCAGUCUGGAUGAACACCUCAGGGCGGCCUCUGAAGACAUCCGCACCUACAUCCCAGACAGGGGAUUCCAGGGUCUGGCUGUGGUGGACUGGGAGAGCUGGAAUCCUGUGUGGGAGAGAAACUGGGACAGUAAGCUGGUGUACCAGGAUGCGUCGAUAGCGCUGGUGAGGGCAAAGCACCCGGACUGGACCCCCGAGCAGGUGAAGGCUGAAGCCCGGAUGAGGUUUGACCAAGCAGGGAGAGCGUUCAUGGAGGAAACGCUGAAACUGGGACAAGAGGAAAGACCAAACGGGUUGUGGGGUUACUACGGUUUCCCGGACUGCUACAACUACUUGGGCAAAGAAAUGAGCUACACAGGGGAGUGUCCGGCUGUAGCGCUGAAGAGGAACGACCAGCUGCUGUGGCUGUGGAACUGCUCCUCUGCUCUGUAUCCGGACAUCUACCUCAGCCUCAACCUGCGAGGCCUAAGCAAAGAAGUGCUCCUCUACACACACCACCGCAUCCUGGAGGCCAUGAGGGUGGGGGCUCAGGUGACCCCCUCAGCACCGCCCGUGUACCCCUACACCCGCAUUGUCUACACGUACACAUUAGAUUUCCUCUCGCUGGAGCACCUGGUCUACACCGUCGGAGAGAGUGCUGCUUUAGGGUCUGCAGGGAUGGUCCUGUGGGGCGACAACAACUUCUCCAAGUCUAAGGCCACAUGUGAAGCUGUCAAAUUCUACAUCGAUCAGACGCUGGGUCCUUACCUGGUGAAUGUGACGGCAGCCGCCACUCUGUGCAGCCAGAAGCUGUGUUCGUCUCAGGGCCGGUGUCAGAGGAGGAACCCGGCCUCCAGGGCCUACCUGCACCUGGACCCCGCCGGGUGGAAGCUGGUGUCGAAGGAGGGGCCGGACGGGAGGAGACAAUACAAAGUUUUAGGACGGAUGAGGGCCGACAAGGUCACAUUCAAGACGUCUGAGUUUCAGUGCAGCUGCUUCCCGGGGUGGGGAGGUGAGAGCUGCUCCAAGCCGACUCAGCGAUGAGAGACUUUCCUUUGAGGAAAUCUAGGUAAUACAUAGACGACAUUGGUCUAAUAAAUGUAGUAAAGUGUGAAAAUGGUCCACUGGGGCUGGUUAGGCCCACAGGUCGUUUUCUGCUCGAGUGCAUAUCAUCUCUUGUCAAUUUAAAUUUCCCCAAUCCUUGACCUAUGUGUUUUCUUAAUUAAUGACUUUCCUUAGGUCAAAUGGAGGAUAAUUUGAAUUCAUGUUUUUUCUUUUACUAUAGCCACUUUAAGUCUUCUCCACUCUAAUAAUUAUCUUACUGUAAAUGUAUUUGUAUGUUCGAUCUUCACACUACAGAAUCCUGUAUGUGCAGAGUUUAACACAGGGAAUCAUGUUUUCUAGUUUACCUGCUGAAAAGGGAAAAUUUCUCCAAGCUUGAAUCUAGUGGAUGUAAUUCAAGGAUGUUGACGCUAAUAACCUUGUUUGUGUGAGUGGAAAAAUAUUUCAGACACAAAUGAUAAUUUAAAGUAUUUUUAGAUGUCUUCGAAUGUGGUUCGAUGACAUCUUACAUUUUUUAUUUUCAAUAAUAUUGUGGUUGGGCUUUGGUUUUAAAAUGAACACCAAUAAACUUAUGUUUGUUAUAAGAAGGUAAAUCAUCAUAGAUUGCCUGCAACACUUCUUCUGUUGUCUGUUACCUGGAGUGUUGAUGUUUUCAUGUUGAUCUGACUGAACAGAAACAUAAAUAUGCUUUUAGAGUUGGUAAUGAUCAAGAUUCCAUGUAUGACCAGACCUAAUAAAACUACAUAUCAGUAAA